GCUCCCAUUUAUAAGUCCGUGGUCGUAGCGGGGUUCGCAGGAAAUAUGGACAGAGAUCAGGCGCGCGUCUCUCUGCUUGUAGUUGGAGUGCUGCUCACCGGCACUGUGAUUGCAGUGCUCGCAGCCAGUCGAGCCGCCGGCGACACCAGUGCUGAGCCUGGGCUAGCCGGCAGCAUGGGCACCGCCUACAGAGUCGACGCGGCUACGGCGCCGCAGAAGCUCACACCGGUGGUGCACCGUCGCGUGCUCGCCAGCCUCGGCAACUCGGUCUUCGACCCUAACAGGCCGGCAUGCACCGGGCAGUGCGGGGGCGCGGGGCAGCCGUACACCGGCCGGGGAUGCGUGCGUGCGUACCAGUGCCGCGGCUAGCGCUAAGUUAGCACCGCAUCUGACAAGACGCACCGACGCAAGCUCACUCGAUGGCAUGCCGUCAAACUUGUACGCGUCCCGAAUAGUACGUGCAUACACCCCUUGGUAGUUGUUAUAGUACUAGUUGAUUGGCCGUAACUCGUAAGUGAUUGAUCCUUGUACGUGAUAAAUUUGUUAUUGUUGCUUGGUGUAAAAUGUUCUCAUGUCUAAUGCUAGAUUAUACGUUAUUCCU